GCCAGCAGCAGGAAGAUCGCCUUUUUUGACGAGUUCAUUGCUGGCUAUGUGGUGCUUGCCAACUCCCACUCUGCUGCUGAUAACUCCAACUACUUUGCUGCCAUCAGCGAAUUGCUGCUAUCGCUUGAUUUGUAUGUCCAUCCUUCCUCUGACAACUACAACGAGCCUCUUGACUCAAAAAAUAGAAACUACCACAUCAAAAACUACCAGUUGGCCUCUGACAAGAAUGACGACGAUGCUGACGAUGAAAAGUCCCUAUUGAUUUCAGUUUGGAAAUUCAAAUUGCCAAUUGCUUAUCCCAAGAGAAAGAUAUCUCUUCCUGAGAUCCAAAUCUCCAUCUCAUUGACUUAUCAGCCCAAUUUGCUAUGCAAUCCCCAUACUCCAAGCAUAAUUGAUAAAGAGAACGACGAUACACUAACCAAAACCGACUCAAUUGAAUCAAGAAUUAGAAAAAAUUCACUAUCUGAAUCAUCUAAAGAGAUCAAAAAAAUCCCACAAACUAAAAAUAAAGUCAAAAAUACUACUUUGUCAGCUAAAAUAUUAUUGCCUGUUUUUCCUGUUCUCAACAUGAAACUCAGAUGUACAAAGGCUGCUGGCAAAAAUGACAAAUUAUUAGCCACUUUAGACAUCGAAGCCUCCAAAGAAUUGAAUAAAAUAAACACCUCUCUAGACAUCUUUGACAUAGCUCUUGACUUUCCCAGUGGCUCUAUAAACCCCCUAUUGCCAGCUUCUUUAAAAACUUUUCCAAUUGAUUUAAAAUCAAAUGAUGCUAUCAAUUUCCCUUAUGAACUCACAAACUCUUUUAUAAAUGAUAACGACUCAAAAAAACAAAUCAUCGUCAACAUUGUAUCAAUCCCCAAAAGCAAAAAAAAUCAUAAAUACUUGGCAAAUAAAAUUAUAACUAAAUGGUCAACUCUAGUAGAUUUUGCAAUUAUUGCUCCUCCCACUAACAGCACCCUAGUCAAAUCUUCAAACAUCUCUCAACAAGGCGUAAUCAAUUACAAUUCAAGAAUCUUCUCCUUGUCAAAUUUACCAAAUGCUAAUAACAACCUAAAACCUUCCCACCAAUCCCAAAUUUCUCGUCUAAAAUCAUUGCGUACCGCCUCUUCUUCUUUAAAUAUUAAUAUCCCGAGAAAUUCGAAAUCAAUCUUAAAUGGUUUAAUACUAUCAUUCAAUGGAACAACAAAUACCCAUAUUGGUGAGGUCUUUAAAUGGAAAAUUCAAGCAAUAAACAAAUCCCACAAUUUACUCAAUCUAUCUCUAUAUAUUCAACCAAAGGACUCUGCAAACUUGCUAACUUUAAACCUCAAUUCCAAUUUACAAAAUACUCUCUCAAAGAUUAAAUUGCAACACCAUCAUAACAUUUACAAUAAUAAUAUGAUAAUCAUUCCCCCAAACCAGUUGGUUAAAGCAUUUAACCAAACAAAAUUAUCCCCAAGAGGCAUUAUUUGUCUAGCUAAUGAUGUCAAAAUUGGUCCUUUAGAGCCAUUUCAAGUAUUUGAAACCGAAAUUCAUCUAAUAGCAAUCGAAAAGGGUAUAUUUAGCUUGCAGGGUGUUAAAAUCUUUGAUGUUAAUACUGGUGAAAGUUUUGAUUGUGGUAGAUUACUAGAAGUAGUAGUAGUA